AUGCGGGCGAGGAAUGUGUACAAAACGGUGCAGGAAACUGGAGCUACUGAAAGUAUGACACUAACUGACACUGAUACAUCACCACCUCUCACCCCACCACACCCUAAAAAGAAAAGAAUUAAGAUUCGUGAGUCAGCAGAGAAUACUGACAAUUAUGAAGAGCAAAGUACCACAGAUCCCUUAAAAGUUAAACCUGAAACCCCCUCACAGAAAGAAGUAAUUAAUUUCGUCAGGACACAUCCAGAAUGUGGUUUUCUUUACAUGAUGUAUGCUGUUCCUCCGCAAAAUGUUUAUUUCACACCGUAUUAUUUGAAGGUGGUUCCUUACGAGCAAAUAGAUAAGAAGAAUUUCUUAACAAUCAGCCCUUGCGGAGUGACUCAUUACACCAACGAAAUGGUUUUCACUAAAAUAGAAGACUGGGAAGAAGAGUAUACCAUUUUCGUUCAACUAACCGACAUAAAAUUUUUUCGUGUUUAUCGAUAUUGGAAAGCUUUUUAUGUAUGGCGAAAGUCCAUAUUAUUUCGAAAAUAUAGCAAGCUUCGAAGCAAACUGCUUAAGAAUACAUUCAUCCUAACGCCAGCUUUAGGAAAAGCGCUCCUCAGCAUUCAAGCCAUGUGCUGUGAAAUGUAUAUGAAAAGUUUUGCAGAUUUAAGCAGAGAUAUGGACACUGCAUUCUUUUACUUUAUAGAAGUUCAGUUGAAACAAGUGGAAUACAUGAGAGAGAAGUUGAUAGAAUUUCGGACGGUUGUGUUGGAUGUGAUCACGCAAUCCUGCCACACCGCUCUUUACUUGCAAGGAUUUGUGUAUGAUGACAGAAAUAUACCACCCUUUCAAAUAAUUAGAGGCAAACCCACUGGCGGCAUGUCCUACACCGAAAAAGCUAAUAAACGAAAAUACUGCGAGUUUCUGGCUCGUUUCAUAAAAUUAACCGAUUACAUGACGAAUUAUAUGUUAUAUCGUCUUACUAAGAGAUCCAACUACAUGAUGGCGGACAUGUUGCGAGUCCACGUUGGUUACACGCCAGAACGUAGCCUUCUCGCUGGAAAAGAGCUUGACGAAGUACUUGAAACCUUUCCAAGGCCUGUUGAAAAAUGCAAGUGGGCUUUGUUUCAACUAGACGCAUUUGUUUUACCAUCUGGCGAGAUCGAAUUGAAUCCAAGUCAGGAAAUUAUAACUACUUACAUGGAGAAAAUAACAAACUACUGGGUUGAAUAUGUGCGAAAAUUCCAUAAUUUUUUGAACGAAGAAUCGCUUCAGAUAUUUGUGCAACCGACUAUUAUGGGGAAAACAGUUGAUUGGUCAGCAGGAGAUGCUCCAAAUCUGUAUUUCCUCAUGAACCAAGAUAAAAAAAUGUUGGAUGAUAUUGCUUUUAUACCAUAUUCUCACGCAUACGGUUAUGAAUGUGUUUGGUUGUUCCUAGAGCGUAUGGGAAUCUUCAUGGACGCAUACAGGGAAGCGUGCGAGAUGGACCUUCAAAUUAUUAGACAAGAGAGAGAUGUAAACGAAUUCAGGAAACUAUGUAACAAACUGAACGCCCAAAUGGAGGCUAUAGAAGACGUAGUAAGCUUUCAGCCGUUGGGUUUAAUGUUUUUGAAUCUGUCGCCGUUCCAGGAACUGUUCCGUCCUAUGCCUAGGAAAUUAUUUGAUGUUGUUGUCAGUGUUACGCCAGACAUCGGCCGUGAUUGCAUAGAUGAGAUAAUAAGCGGAAUUGAAGGAAUUAAUGACGAUAUCAGCAAGGAACCUGAAACAGCCGCUGAGCUCGUAGAUUUUAAUUACAUGCUCGACGGUGUGAACUCCCGCGUCGAUCGCUUGGAAGAUCGCCUGGAGUACCUCCGCGAGUUAUACGAUCUUAUGGGCGAGUUCAAUUGCCCCAUACCGCCCGAUGAUAUGAACGAAUAUUUGGGUUUAAGCGUAAUACUGGGCAAUCUUAGAACGAGUGUGGACGCACGACUGGAAACUCGCAGCAAGCUGGCCGGCCAGUUUGCCAGUCAGAUCGGCAAAGACAUUAUGGAACUCAUGACUGAUGUCAACGCUCUCAGAGAGGCAGUCGGGCAACAAUGGCUAUAUGAUGAAAAAUCCGACGUGGAGAAAGUAAUGGAGACGCUAGACGCAUUGAUGGAGAAGUUGCAAGUUUGUUCUCAAAGAGAUAAGCAAAUUCGCGAAUGGCAGAAAAUAUUCAAGAUUCCACCAGCACGUCUAGAACAACUCGACGAAACCAUAAAUGAUGUUAAACUGAGGCAAAUGCUUUGGAAGAAUUCAAAAGAAUGGCUCAACUUGUACCAGUCUUGGAACGAGGUGCCGUUCAAUACAUUGGAUGUAGAAGAAAUACAAAACACAACAAUUACUUACGGCAAAAUGUUCAACCAACUCGACAAAGGUUUGCCGCCUAAUAAGAUUGUGCCACAGUGUAAGAGGACUAUAGACAUUAUUAAAGAGAAGAUACCGGUGAUAUCUUACCUCCGCAACUCUGCCCUCCGUCCACGUCACUGGGUGCGAAUUGAAGAAAUACUCAAGACGCGGUUCUCGCCGGAGAUCACAAUGACGCUACAGAUGUACGAGGAUCUAGGGUGCUUCCAGCACGCCGAAGAGCUCAUGGAAGUUGCUGGGCAAGCCAGUUCAGAAGCCGGUCUCGAGGCGUUACUUAAAAAGGUGGAGGAAAUAUGGGCUCAACUAGAAUUCCCGGUCCUUAUGCAUAAGGAUUCUCGAGACAUUUUCGUACUGGGUGGUUUAGAAGAAAUCCAAGCAAGUCUCGACGAGAGCUGUAUACAUAUCAGCACAAUACUCAGCUCUAGAAACUGCGGUCCAAUCAAAAGUAGAGUUGAAGAAUGGGCAAAGAAUCUGGACCUGUUCUCAAAAACUCUGGAGGAGUGGUCACAGUGUCAACAAACUUGGAUGUAUUUGGAAGUCAUAUUUUCGGCACCUGAUAUUCAGAGGCAAUUGCCCAAUGAAACGAGAUUGUUCACUCUUGUUGACAAAUCCUGGAAGGAUAUUAUGCGAAAAGUCGCUAAGGUCCCACUGGCUAUGCCAGCAGCCACACAGCCGAACUUAUACGAAGAGUUUGUACGGAAUAAUGAAAUGCUGGACCAAAUCAUGAAAUGCCUCGAGGCUUACUUGGAAACGAAGCGCGUUGCGUUCCCGAGAUUCUUUUUCUUGUCGAACGACGAAUUACUGGAGAUACUCGCUCAGACGCGCAACCCUCACGCAGUACAACCACAUCUACGCAAAUGCUUUGACGCGAUUGCAAAACUCGAGUUUGGCGUCAAAAUGCCCGACACAGAAAUGGUUAUGCAGGAAGAUGGCACUAUGAUCGAACGCGAGAUGUCUUUCAACACGAGAGACGCACUUCAGGCUCGUAUGGCGAAGACCGCUAAGGCAGAAGACCUGACCACUGACAUCAUAGCAAUGCUCUCUCCCGAAGGGGAGAGGAUUAAUUUGGGAAAGGGACUGAAAGCCAGAGGUAACGUAGAAGACUGGCUCGGCAAGGUAGAAGAAGCCAUGUUUGCAUCAGUUAAGAGAUGCAUGAAAGCCUCGUUAAAGGACUAUGAAAUGCGCCCGCGCGUCGAAUGGGUCAAAUUGCAUCCGAAUCAGGUUGUUUUAACUGUGUCUCAAAUAAUGUGGGCAAAAGGAGUGCAUGAAAUAUUGAACUACGACAGCACGUUGCGUAUCGAUUUAGGAAUGUUAGCAUACGAGAAGAAAUGUAUUGCUGAUCUAAAUGAUCUAGCUGCAUUAACCCGUGAGAAUUUGACUUCCCUGUUCCGGAAGGUCCUGUGUGCGCUUAUUACAGUCGAUGUCCACGCCAGAGACACCAUUACGAACAUGGUAUCGGGGAAAGUUAGGCGAGCAAACGACUUUGAGUGGCUCAAAAUGAUUCGCUACUACUGGGAAGAUGAUAUAGAAAACUGUGUAGCUCGAAUGUCCAGCGCGAUGUACAUUUACGGCCACGAGUACCUUGGUGCUGGAGGUGUACUGGUGAUAACUCCAUUGACGGAUCGAUGUUACUUAUGCUUAAUGGGAGCUCUGCAGCUAGACCUGGGUGGCGCUCCAGCCGGUCCCGCAGGCACAGGCAAGACUGAAACCACUAAAGACUUGGCUAAGUCUCUAGCUAUCCAGUGCGUGGUCUUUAAUUGUUCCGAAGGCCUUGACUACAAGAUGAUGGGUCGAUUCUUCUCUGGGCUUGCGACUUCUGGAGCCUGGUGUUGUUUCGAUGAGUUCAAUCGCAUCGACAUCGAAGUUCUUUCUGUUAUAGCUCAACAACUUAUUACCAUCAGAAACGCGAAAGUCGCCAAGUUGUCCAGGUUUAUGUUCGAAGGACGAGAAAUAAAACUAGUAAGAACCUGUGCAGCAUUCAUCACAAUGAAUCCAGGUUACGCGGGCCGAACAGAGCUGCCUGACAAUUUAAAGGCGCUCUUCAGGCCUAUUUCUAUGAUGGUGCCUGAUUAUGCGCUCAUUGCGGAGGUGAUUCUAUACUCGGAGGGGUUCGAGUCCUCGAGAAAGCUAGCCAAGAAAAUGGUGCAGAUGUACAAGUUGUCCAGCGAACAGCUUUCAAAGCAAGACCACUACGAUUUUGGCAUGCGAGCCGUCAAAAGCGUGCUGGUCAUGGCAGGAGCGCUAAAGCGUGCGAGCCCCGAUCAGCACGAGGAAAAGACGCUGCUCUGUGCACUUAACGACAGCAAUUUGCCGAAGUUCCUCGCUGCUGACGCCAUCCUCUUCGGCGGUAUCCUUUCUGAUCUCUUUCCAGGCGUUGAUCUCCCGGUCAGAGAUUACAAAGUUAUGGAAGACUCUAUUAAAUUUAUACUACUAGAAAAGAAACUCCAAAUAGAAAGUUGUCAGAUUCGCAAAGUGAUUCAACUCCAUGAAACCAUGAUUGUGCGAUGGGGUGUCAUGCUCGUGGGGCCCACCGGCGGCGGGAAGACUGUUGUUUUACAUGUAUUAGGCGGUACAUACGCCCGUCUCUACGAGCUGGAAGUACCAGGACCGACGAAUCAACCUGUACACAUGUACACAAUGAACCCGAAGAGCCUUACUAUCGGCGAGCUGUAUGGAGAAGUGAACUUACAGACUCUCGAGUGGCAUGACGGAAUAUUGCCACUUUGCUUGCGGACAGCUGUCCAGUGUGAGAAAGCAGACCACCAGUGGUUGAUCUGCGACGGCCCGGUGGAUGCUGUUUGGAUCGAAAACAUGAAUACUGUUCUGGACGACAACAAGAUGCUCUGCCUCUCCAACUCCGAGAGGAUCAAGCUCACACCCUACGUGCAUAUGGUGUUUGAGGUGGCGGAUUUGGCUCAAGCGUCACCAGCAACUGUGUCGCGUUGUGGCAUGGUAUACAUCGACCCUGAUGAACUGGGCUACCUUCCCUACGUGCGCACCUGGCUCGACGAGUGCAUGGAGAAAAACCUGUUCAACCAAGAGAAUUCAGAAUUUCUUUACGAACUCUUCAAGAUGGCUGCCGUGGGUGUGCAGCACGUCAAUACCAAGUGUCAAGUUGGAAUUAAACAGGUGGACAUAAGCAAAGUCAAUGCACUGUGCCAUCUUCUUCAAGCCCUACUUCAAGAGCCAGGUGACAAGUUUCCAGACAAGCAAGCUAUUAAGACCUACAUCGCGCAUUGCUUUAUAUUCUGUUACGUAUGGUGCAUCGGCGGCAAUAUAUUUGAACAAAAUCGUAAGCCUUACGAAGAGGUCAUUAAGAGACAGUUCGAAGAGUACGAGGAAGCUGAAUACUACCCGACUGGCUUUAACUUUUUUGACAUGUACAUGGACACGAAAAGUCGCAAAUUGAAAACAUGGGCGGAGAUAAUUCCUGAAUUCGUAUACGACUGUAACAAACCCUUCUUUGAAACCCUUGUGCCUACUAUCGACACGGUGCGUUAUGGAUAUAUGUUCGAGAAACUUCUCGGCGUCAACAAACCUGUCAUGUUUACUGGAAACACGGGUGUCGGCAAGACUGUAAUCGCAGCUGAAAUACUCAACAAAAUGUCUAAAACCGGCUUAUACAUCCCAGUAGUCCUUAACUUCUCAGCUCAAACCAGCAGUACCCGUACUCAGGUGUGUUACCUACCUACACUUGCUGUUUCGUCUUGCACUAAAGGCGGAUAUUGGGCGUCCUUCACGGGAUUUGCCACUAAGACUGCUACGACUGCUUGCAUUGCUCACAAAAUCUUUUUUACCAGACAAUUGCUUGACUUCGGCGGUUUCUACGAUCGUGACAAGUUGUAUUGGAAAGACAUUCUAGACGUGGUUCUGUCUUGCGGAUGCGCGCCUCCGGGCGGCGGACGAAACCCCCUCACUGGUCGGUUCGUGAGACAUUUCGCCAUGUACUUCGUACCACCACCCAACGCCGACGCCAUGAAGACUAUAUUCAAAGCUAUCUUGAAAGGGCAUUUAGAAGAUUUUGUCACGGAGGUGUCGGUGCUAGCCGAGAAUAUAGUGAAUGCUGCGGUGGACGUGUACCUUAAGAUAUGUGCAGAAUUGUUGCCGACGCCUGCUAAAGCGCACUAUGUGUUCAAUUUGCGAGACUUGUCCAAAACAAUGCAGGGCGUAUUACAAUCAGACGCUGGAUUUUUGCGCAUGCCGCAGGCAAUGCUUAGAUUAUUUUACCACGAAUGUAUGCGAGUAUUCCACGACCGACUAAUCAACAUAGAAGACAAGAGCUACUUUCUGCACCUAAUGAGUUCCGUGUGCCAAAAAAACUUCGGGCAGCCGAUACUGGAGUUGCCUGACACUUCAAUAAUUGAAAAACCCCCUUUGUUACUUUUCGGCGAUUUUAUUAACUCUGCAGUGCCUAAAGAGAAUAGAAUGUAUGCAGAAAUACCGGAUAUAAAUAAACUUAUGAUAGUUUUGAAAGAAUAUCUUGAAGAAUAUAACUCAACGGCACAUCAUCCAAUGCAUUUGGUGCUAUUCCAAGAUGCAGUCGAACACGUGGUGCGCAUAGCUCGUGUGCUGCGAGCCGAAAGAGGCCACACUUUGAUGGUAGGCCCCGGGGGGUCCGGUCGCAGAAGCGUGGCUACUAUGGCUGGCCAUGUCAACGAGUGCAAAUGCAUGGGCAUGGAACUGAAACGCAAUUACGAUACGCCAGAAUUCCACGAAGAUUUGAUCAAGAUGUACAUGCGCGCUGGAGUCGCCAACGAAGAAACCGUCUUCCUUUUCACCGAUACACAAAUUACCAAGGAACUGUUCCUUGAGGACAUAAACAAUAUGCUCAACUCAGGCGAAGUGCCGAAUCUGUUUGAGGGGGAUGCCUACGAACAAGUACAGAAUGGUGUUCGCAAUGACGCUGCCAAGGCAGGAUUAAACCCAGCGGACAGAGACGCUGUUUAUUACUACUUUAUCAACAGAGUACGAGGCCAGCUACAUCUCUGUAUGUGCUUCAGCCCUGUAGGAGAAGCGUUCAGGCGACGCUGCCGUAUGUUCCCAUCAUUGGUGAACUGCAGUACUAUAGAUUGGUUCACGAAAUGGCCACCAGAUGCGCUACUCUCUGUAGCGCAACAGUGCCUGCAGCCACUUGGCGACGACAAUAUUAUUGAGAAGUUAUCAACAAUUUGUGUCUCCAUGCACAAGGACGUGGACAUAAUGACGGACCGAUUAUACGACGAGAUGCGGCGAUACUUCUAUACGACGCCGAGCAGUUAUCUAGAUCUGCUAAAGCUAUACUUGUCAUUGCUUGAUAAGAAACAGCAGGAAAUUAUCCGUGGCAGAGACAGGGUAUCUUGCGGAUUGCGGAAACUAUACGAGACGUACGACGUGGUGGGGACCAUGGAGCAACAAGUGCGCGAAAUGGAACCUAUACUGGCAAAGAAGGCUGAAGAAGGCGUCGCGCUUGUUAACCGUCUCAAGGUCGAGCAAAAAUCUGCGGAUGAAGUAAAACAAGCUGUCUUGAAAGACGAAGCGGCAGCUAAGAUAAAAGCAGAAGAAGUGAGAGAAAUUGCGGACGAAGCGAAGGCAGAUCUCGCAUUAGCUAUGCCUGCCAUGGAUGCAGCUCAAAACGCGCUAAAGUCUCUAAACAAGGCUGAUAUUAAUGAAUUGAAGGCUUUCCAAAAACCUCCCGCAUUAGUACGCUUUGUCAUGGAACCGGUCUGCAUUUUACUCGGAGCUAAACCUGAUUGGGACAGCACCAAAAAAUUGCUCGCCGACGUAAACUUUCUCAGGAAUCUAGAAGAAUACGACAAAGAUCACAUACCUGAAACGACUUUAAAGAAAAUUAAAGUCUACCUCACUCACAAGGACUUCAAUCCCGACACUGUACUCAAAGUCUCCAAGGUAUGCCGUUCUAUGGUUCUGUGGGUGCAAGCUAUAGACACGUAUGCAAAAGUGUUCAAAAUAGUCGAGCCCAAAGUGCAAGCGCACAAAGACGCCGCAGCUACCUUGAAGGGAGUAAUGCAGUUACUGAGGCAGAAACAGAAGGAAGUGGAGAAGAUAGAAGCACAACUUGCAAAAAUGAUGGACGAAUUGCGAAAAGUGGAAGAGGAGCGCGAACGCCUUCAAGCGGACGUGGAUCUCGCGGCUGCGCGCCUGAUGCGUGCCGGGAAGCUGACGCAGGCGCUCGCUGACGAGCAAACGCGCUGGGAGGACAGCGUCAAGCAAGCUACCUUCAAACUGUUCUGCACUACGGGCGACGUAAUAAUAUGCGCGGGGUGCAUCGCUUACUUUGGUGCAUUCCCAACGCACUUCCGGCGAGAACUGGAGCAGAAAUGGGUCAAUGAGUGUCGUGAACUGGAAAUACCAUCUUCCGAUUCGUUCGAUUUAAUAGCUCUAAUGGCGGAUUCAUACACGGUACGAACGUGGAACUCCCAAGGCCUUCCGCGAGACGCUAUUUCCACCGAAAAUGGCAUCCUUGUCACCAAAGCAGGCCGGUGGUCUCUCUCAAUCGAUCCUCAAGAACAAGCCAAUAGAUGGAUACGUAACAUGGAAAAAGAAAAUGGAUUGCUAAUUACAAAGCUGACCGACCCUGGAUACCUGCGUGUUCUAGAAAAUUGCAUUCGACUGGGCUGGCCCAUGCUCAUUGAAGAUUUGGGUGAGAAUGUCGAUGCCACUUUGUCGCCAGUACUUCUCAAACAAAUAUUCUUGCAGGCUGGAAGGAUGCUGAUCCGGCUGGGUGACAGUGACAUCGAAUAUGAUACCAACUUCCGACUCUACCUCACAACCAAGUUGGCCAAUCCUCACUACUUGCCUGAGAUCUGUAUACAAGUGACUUUAGUCAAUUUUACCGUCACACUUUCCGGACUCGAAGAUCAACUCUUAGCCGAUGUGGUGCGAUUGGAGAGGCCAGACUUGGAAUCUAUUCGAACAGAGCUGAUAAUCCGUAUUAAUACUGACAAGGGCACGUUAUUGGAAAUAGAGGACAAGAUCUUAAGACUUUUAUACGCCUCUUCCGGUAACAUACUUGACGACGAAGAGCUAAUUGAUACAUUAAAUGAGAGUAAGGAAACAUCAGAGAUUAUCAACGCUAGGUUAAUAGAGACAGAGGCUACGGAAAUAAGUAUAUCGGCAGCAAGAGAAAAAUACCGCACUGUCGCUACACGCGGUGCGGUUCUUUACUUUGCAGUCGCACAGCUGGCCGAUAUUGAUCCUAUGUACCAAUUCUCUUUGAAAUACUUUAAUCAGAUAUUUAAUAAUGUCAUUGAAAAAAGCGAGAGAAGUGACGUAUUGCAGACUAGACUGGAUAUACUCCAUCGUGAAAUUACACUAUCGGUCUACCGGAACGUAUCUCGAGGCCUUUUCGAAAGACAUAAACUUGUUUUCAGCUUUCUGCUUAACAUAGCCAUAUAUUUAAAUGAUAAGUUGGUCUCUCCGAUUCAAUGGAACUUUAUAUUACGAGGAGCCUCUGGCACGAAAGUGGUCCCUCCGAAGAAACCUUUACUUGAAACAAUGACCGACGCUAUGUGGUUGAUGACUUAUCACUUGGAAGAGACAGAUCCUUCAUUCCAAGGCAUUGCCAAGGACUGUUUCAAAAAAAUACAUAUUUCGUUGGGAUCGUUCACAGUGGACAUACACGUUGAUAAAAGUAAUGAUACUCCUCCAGUCACAAACUGGGAUGAGAAGUUGACGCCAUUUGAAAAGUUAAUGAUAAUAAAGUGUUUGAAAGAAGAAAAGUUAGUGUUCGCAAUAGCUCAGUAUGUUAAAAUCAGUCUGGGCCAAGUGUUCAUCGAAAGCCCCACAGUGCAACUUAACACUUUGUAUGGGGACACUUCGAAUUCGAUUCCUCUCGUUUUCGUACUGAGCACAGGGUCUGAUCCAUUUGGAGCAUUCCAAAAGUUCGCUACUGAGAUGGAUUUUCGAGAUCGCGUGCAUUCAAUAUCGUUGGGGCAAGGUCAGGGCCCUGUUGCUGAGAAAAUGAUCAAUAACGCUAAAGCCAAGGGAGAUUGGGUAUUUCUUCAAAAUUGUCACCUUGCGGCGUCGUGGAUGGCAACUUUAGAGAUAAUCGUGAUAAACUUGACUUCUGACAACCCUCCAGAGCCUUCAUUUCGCCUUUAUCUAAGUUCCAUGCCUACACCAAAGUUUCCAGUGUCAGUGUUGCAGAACUCAGUAAAAGUUACAAAUGAACCCCCAAAAGGUUUGAAAGCGAAUGUUAAGAGAGCUUUAAUUGAAAUGGACGCUGACUUUUUUGAAGACCAUGUACUGGGGCAGGAUUGGCGUGCAAUGAUUUUUGGAAUUUGUAUGUUCCACGCCAUCAUACAAGAGCGUAAGAAAUUUGGUCCACUAGGUUGGAAUAUAACUUACGAAUUUAAUAACAGUGAUCGUGAAUGCGCUAUGCUCAACCUUCAGAUGUUCUGUGCAGACGGUCAUAUACCUUGGGACGCGCUUGAAUAUAUUACGAGUCAAAUAACAUACGGUGGUCGUGUCACUGACAUGUGGGACCAACGCUGUCUCACUACGAUUUUGAAAAAAUUCUUUUCUCCACCUAUUUUAGAAGAUGGAUAUACAUAUUCACCUUCGGGUAUUUAUUACUGUCCAGUAGAGAAAAUGCUAGACGCUUUUAAGGAGUACGUGGAUAGCUGGCCGGUCAUUGAAGACCCCGAGGUGUUCGGGAUGCAUGACAACGCAAAUAUAGCUUUCGAAGCCAAAGAAACAACGACUGUUAUCAAAACUAUAGUGGAUGUUCAGCCUCGAUCUGGAGGCGGUGGCAGUGGCGAGACCUCCGAUCAAAUAGUGUGGCGCGUAUGUGAUACCACGCGAGCGACAGUACCGCACAAAAUAGAUAAAUCACAAAUCAACCAAGAUUUGCUUGUCCUUGACGACAUGGGGCAGCAACAUUCAUUAACCACUGUUCUUAUACAUGAAACGGACAGGUUCAAUACUUUGCUCGCGUUGAUUCAUUCGUCUCUGAAUGACUUGCAAAAGGCUAUCAAAGGACUCGUAGUAAUGUCAGAAGCUAUUGAGGAAGUGUUUAUAGCUUUCCUUAAUAACAAAGUACCCAACAUGUGGCACAAGAAAGGUUACAAUUCGCUGAAAUCACUGGGCAGUUGGAUUCACGACCUGACGCUGAGGGUUGAUUUUAUCGAGAAAUGGCUAAUAGAGGGUUUGCAACCCAGUAGCUGGGUGUCUGGGCUGUUCUUCCCGCAAGGUUUAUUAACAGGAUCGCUUCAAUCUUAUGCCCGUAAAUACCGUGUACCUAUUGAUGCCCUUCUAUUCGACUUCCAUCCCCUUUCAAUAAUAAUUUUACAAGAGGAUAUUUACAAAAUUAAUAAGGCAAAGAAAAAGGAAGAUGAGGAUACAGUGGAUAUGUAUUCUGGUCUAAAACGACCAGAAGACGGUGUUAACAUCCACGGUCUCUUUAUUGACGCUGGACGCUGGGACAUGCAGUUAAACAAACUCGUAGACGCUUUGCCAGGUCAAAUGAAUCCUCCACUGCCGGCGUUUUGGUUCGAACCAGUCCUUGAACUUCCUAAGCCCGACCCACGCUACGUUGCACCCUUGUACAAAACUUCAGAACGCGCAGGUACCUUGUCUACUACGGGACACAGCACAAAUUUUGUUCUGCCGGUAUUGCUUAAUACUGACAUUAUACAAGAUUACUGGAUCAUUCGAGGAACGGCUCUCCUAACACAAAUAACUGAUUAAUCGACUAACUAAUAUGUUUUUUUUAUUUCGCCGUACAAUUAUUUUAUGAAUGCUAGAGUUAUAACUCUAGAGAGAAUUUUCAUAUGAUCGGUAGGUAUUUAAUUAUUUCACGCAGUUUCUUUUAAUGUAUUAUUUGAAUUGUAAUAAUAAUAAUAAUAACGCACA